UUUCCCUUGUAUGAGACUGAAGCAAUGUGAAGGGACCUCUCAACCAGCCUUGAAACGGGGAGACCCCGCCCCUGCACGCGCUGGUUGGCCGCGAGCGCGUCAGGGAGCGCGCUGAUUGGAGGAGCGGCCUGUCCGUUAGGGCGCUGUAGGUCCUCCUCGGUCAGGGUAGGUUGCGCUUUCAGCAAACCCAUUCUGGACAGCUCCCGCUGUCUAAACAGAAGACGUAAGAGGAGGAGAGGGCUAGGACAUGGCCAGGAGCAGCACUGGCCCGUCUGAUAGAGCUCGCUGAGCAGCACACACACACACACACACACACUCACUCACACUCACUCUGCCCCCUGCCUGCACUCAGCACUGCACUCUGACACCCACUCACCCUGACACCCACUCACCCUGUAAGCAACCCAGAGGCCUUAAAACUGACCCCCCAGUCACCCACACCCACCCAUGGACUGAAUGAAGACCGCCUAUAACGCCUUUAGAUGCCUAACCAAAGAUCUGGAUGCUUGCACCAUGAACCCAGAGAUGACAAUGGACAGUAUUGCCAGUUUGCAUGGUGGAAACAGCCAUGAGCAGGAUCUGAUGAGCAGCCACAGCCCUCACCAUCAUCACCACCACCGAAGGAUUCACCAGGAUCUCACUGUUCCAUCUUCCAGGUCAGCUAUGGUUUCCAGUAUGGCUUCCAUCCUGGAUGGGGCUGGGGAAUACCGUCCAGAACUGUCCAUUCCUCUGCACCAUGCCAUGAGUAUGCCCUGUGACACUUCACCACCUGGGAUGGGCAUGAGCAGCACCUACACCACCCUGACCCCUCUGCAGCCUCUGCCCCCUAUCUCUACAGUGUCUGACAAAUUCCAUCACCCCCAUCACCAUCCUCAUCACCACCACCACCACCACCAGAGGCUGUCUGGCAAUGUCAGUGGUAGCUUUACCCUCAUGAGGGAUGACAGAGGGAUCCCAUCCAUGAACAACCUGUACAGCCCCUACAAGGACAUGACUGGCAUGGGGCAAAGCUUAUCUCCCUUGACUGGAACCUCUUUAGGGAAUGGUUUGGGUUCCAUCCACAACACUCAACAGAGUCUCCAUAACUAUGGGCCGCCUGGCCAUGAGAAAAUGCUCAGUCCAAACUUUGAUGCCCACACCGCCAUGCUGGCAAGAGGAGAACAGCACCUCUCUAGGGGUCUGGGCACCCCACCUUCCGCCAUGAUGUCCCACAUCAACGGGAUGCACCACACCGGCCAUUCUCAAUCUCAUGGGCCCGUGUUGACUUCCAGCCGUGACAGGCCGCCCUCCUCCUCUGGAUCCCAACUCAGUAACUCUGGACAAUUGGAAGAAAUUAAUACCAAAGAAGUAGCCCAAAGAAUCACAGCAGAGCUGAAAAGGUACAGCAUCCCCCAGGCUAUCUUUGCCCAGAGGGUUCUGUGUAGGUCACAGGGUACCCUAUCAGACCUGCUAAGGAACCCCAAACCUUGGAGUAAACUGAAAUCUGGGAGGGAGACUUUUAGAAGAAUGUGGAAAUGGCUGCAGGAGCCUGAGUUCCAGAGGAUGUCAGCUCUCAGGCUUGCAGCGCCAGAAUUCUCCAGUUUCAUGAAAUCCUCAUGCAAACGCAAAGAACAAGAACCGAACAAAGACAGAAACAACUCACAGAAGAAAUCCCGCCUAGUUUUCACAGAUCUCCAACGAAGAACACUUUUUGCCAUCUUUAAAGAAAACAAGCGUCCGUCCAAAGAAAUGCAAAUCACUAUUUCACAGCAGUUGGGUUUGGAACUCACUACCGUCAGUAACUUCUUUAUGAACGCCAGGAGGCGGAGCCUGGAAAAAUGGCAGGACGAUUUAAGUACAGGGGGAAGUUCAUCAAACUCCAGCACUUGUACCAAAGCAUGAGGGGGAUAAUGGCUUCUUAGUGGGCACAACUCUACUCUAACCAAAAAAAAAAGAGAGAAAAAGGAUAUAUAUAAUAUAUUUUUGUUGUUAUUGGUAGGGCCAUUCACUGGUGACAGUCUCUGUAUUUGUGAAAAAGUUUUCCUGGGCUCAAGUGGAAAAAAAACAAAAAGUUCACAUGGGAUCCCUGCGCUGUGACUAGCAACGCUUAUCUGCCAUUGGGAACCAUGGAGGCAAAAAGGAGAGUCCAUCCGGUCAGCAAACUAAUUCUUCACAUCUUCCAAGCAGUCAACAUCUUGACAUUUAUUGGAAAUCCCAAAUAACACUUGAGUGGUUACAACAUGUCAGUUAUCAGACCUUGGCACCAGGUUUAACAUGUAAGCCAGCAAAACACGAUAUUGUGUUACAUCCAACUCUAUCCAUAGCACAAAAGAUCUACCAAACCGUCCAUUCAUCUUUUUACACACAGACCUUAACUGAGCACAAUGUCAGAAAUAAAAUUCAAGGACUUAUUUUUGUUUUAUUUUAUUUAGUUUUUUAUUUUAUUUCAUUUUUACUUUCAUUUAUUACGGUCUAUUUUACAACCGUAUUAUUUUCAGUCUAUUCACCACACAAGUACAAUUCUAAAAGUACAGUGUUAAGCACAAAGGUACGUUCAUUUAUGCGACAAAAAAUUGCCGUCUCUAGUUUAAUUUUCCUACUACAUAUUUUUAAAUAACCCUUUACAUAAUUUUUUUUUGGGAUACAGUAGUUACUCAGGAGACAUUUUUAACUGCACAGAAGAUUCCUAGUCAGAUUCUUUAUUAGUUUUUUUAAUUUGUAUUUAUUCCUAUUAUCUUUUCUUUUUUCUCAUUGCCUUCAUUAUAUUUUAGAUGACAGAAUUUUCAUAAAAAAAAAAAAAAAAGAAUUUAAAUUGUGUCAGGUCUGAAUACAGGACUCAAUGCCACCAAAACCGCCUUUUAUUUUACCCGUUUUAUUUUUCAUACUAUCUGGAGAAGAAGCUACCGCACACACCAAAGAACCAAAAACACGACUAACCAAAGACAAAGUAAAACAAAAAAGUUUUACUUCCUAAACAUACUGUGAGUUCUUCAGAAUACCAGACAGCUUACAACCCUCCUAUGUUUUACUUUAUUUUUUUUGGAAGUGUAUGCUACAGAAAACCAAACAUUUCCAAAGUCUCUGUGGACGCCCAGCCCUUCCUGUUUGAUAGGCCUUCUUCCAAACAAAAUCCAAUGUCAGUAUUUUGUGCUGACGUUUUACCAGUGGAUGGCCCUCUCCUUGAAAACUCGAGUCUGUGUUCCAAAGCUAAAGCCAAAGGCUAUAAUAUUCCUUUAAAGACACUUGAGACUGUUUUUUUUAUGUACUACUUAAUCGAAACCAAAGAAACUUUUUUCUGCACCUAAUUCUACUGAAACAAAAACUGUUCCAUCGAAAGAAAGGAAGCACGUCAGGAAAAGUGUCAACACACUGUGUUUGGAUAGACAUCUUACACACCUUAGGAAGCAGAUCUCUGAAAUAGGGUUUACAAGGGUUGAAAGGAUUAAUGCGACCGAAAAAAAAAUUCUACAGUAUGUGCUCGCUGCUUCAUCUAACAACUUAGUCCUCUUAAAGUUGAAGAUUGUCUUUAUUUUGUGCCUAUGCAGAUUUUUCAAAGAACAAGGAAUUGACCAACAUGAACCUCAACAGCUGCAAUACCAAAGAUGAGUUCUCACAACUUUUUGUUUUCAGUUCAUAUUUGUCUUCUUGCAUGGCUAAAUGGCCUCAAGUGCCACCAGUAGGCUUUGUUAGCGGUACUUUUGUCUUUUUUGAACAAAGAAUAAGAAAAUGGUUUGUUCCACAUUAUACAGUGUAUAUUUCCACUUAGAAUAACUCACCACCAUAGAUUUGGGGCCUAAGAUGUUGGGAUAGUUGUGAAAAAACACAAUUGUUGGUUUCAGCUAUUUUGUGGCUAAGCUAUGAAAGUCUAUAGAAUAUUUUAUAGGGUGAGGAAUGUUUAGCUCACAAAAUGGCUGACCUAUGGUUUACCAGUCAGCAAUUCCUACUAUUGUGGUAUCAGCUCAUAAAAAUUGACAUCUGCAACAUGAGUGUGGGCUUGUGACAGUGUAUUCUGUGCAAACACAAAAAUGUUCAUUGAGUUACUGAUUUAAAUUUGCAUUAGGGGUAAAUAAGUGUCAAGGCUAAAAUUCCUUGUAAGGUUCAAAAAAAUUGCCAAUUGAGUAGUUGCUGAUGGAAAUUUUAUAAACAAUUGGGUGGUUAUGUUGAAAUGUUUCUAGAAGCAUCUGGGAAAUGUUACAAUUCAAAAUGUUGAACUUUUUUAUUCAAAAUCUUUUUUAAAACAACAGCUUACAUAAUUUACAUUUUACUUAUAAAGUUGGCAUGAAUUAUACAUCUCUUGCAAAAAUAUGAGGUGUCCAGGUGUUAAUUUGAUUCGUAUUUUUAAACAGAUUUUUUUGACUUGUUUAUUUUUUUGUAUUGUAUGUCACAAAAGGAAAAACACAUGUCACAAUGUAACAAAACACAAUUUGGGCAACAUGUAAGUGACAAAUGGUUAAGGAACACUUAAGGAAGAACUGAUAUGUUGUGUUAGUGGAGCUCCUCAGGGGUGGGGCAAUACUCAGAUCUUUAAAAAAACACUAAAGAUAACAUAAUGCUCACCUCCACAGGCUCUGCACUAGGUAUAUCAAAGAAUAUUGGUUUAUUCCGAAGUGUUCCUUUAACUAUGAGCUGAGAAUCCUCAAGAGGUGGUAUUUAGUAUCCCAACAUCUUAUGCAAUGCCUGGCAGUUAAUAUCAUGGGCACAGCCAAUAUGAGUUCAACUUUCAAGAAAUCUUGGGUAUUGUUAAAUUAUCCAUGAAAGAACAAAGGAAUGUGUUUAUUUCAUAUGGUUGAAUAGCUUUAUUUAAACCUAUUUUCACAAAAGCUUAAUCCAAAGACCUGACAAUAACUUAACCAGCGGGAAACCAAAAACACUCAAACCUGCUUGUGUUAAAGGGAUCUACAGUCCUAUCUGCAUUACCGUUUGAGUCAUCUAAAAAAAUAUGAUUAAUUGCUUGUCACAAAAAUUAUUUAUUAGGUUGUGGAAAUAAUUUAAUGGUUACAUUGGCUUGUGUUUAUUUAUUAUAAUUCAUAUAAUAUUUAAUUAUUUAUAAUUUAACAGAAAUUCCCUAAUAUUCUAAUAUGAUGUUCCCCAUAUUCCAAAUAACAAUUACUGUAUUAAUAUGAUUAUUAUAAUUUUUUUUUAUUUAUUUUUUGUAAAAUGUAUUGGUAUUUUUCCUAUAAUCUUUUUUAGUUCAUCUUUCUCUUAAAUCAAGCGUAAAAGAUAUGAAGCUUUGAAGGUGCUUUUACUGCGUUUGAUAAAGCAAUUUCUGUUACAGCCACAAUGCAGGUUACAAAAAGAAACAAACUUUUUUUUUUGUUUAUUCUAAAAAUUGUGUUUCAUUUUACAAUGUCUUUUUUAUGAUCUGUAAUUAAAUUAUUUAACUUAUUCUACUAUUUUGUUAGAAAAUGGGGAGACAAAUAUUUUUUGGCAUUUCUAUGUCAUAGGACAACCUAUUUAUUUUAUUUAUUAUUCCUCUUCCUCGAAGAAUGUGCGUGUGUAUAGUUUAUAUUUUUUAUUUAAAAAAACAAAACAACUUAAGCACUAAAUUAUUUUGUUUAGACAGAACAACAGAGCAACGUUCGUAGACAAGCACGGAUCAUGGCUUGAAAGUUGUGAAUUUGGAAAACAAUACAACACUGUUUGUUUUCUUUACCAAAGAUUUUGUUUUCAAAAACUAUAUUUUUCCAGCUUCUUCUAUAAGCUUGAGGGAAACAACAAAAAAAAAAUACAAAAACAUUCCAAACAAAAAAAGAGAGAGAGAACCCUUAAACUAGCUGCUUCCAAGAAUGAACUGUGUGUGUUAUAAGAAAAAAAAAUCUAUUCCUAGUGAGAACCAAAAAUAGGCUACCUCACUGACUUUUUCCUUUUGUAAUUUAAAACGUGAUGAUGAUACCAAAGAUACCAAAGAUUUGUUUCACUUGUGCGGUCCACUGCUAGCAUCUGCUCCGUUUUCAAUAUUCCAAUCUCCUUUGGUGUAAGACAUGAGCAUAAAGUGUGGCUCUAUCUAGGCCAUUCUUCCACCAAAAGAUCUUCACUUUUUUUUUUUUUUUUUUUACAUAUAUACAGCUGUAGCUUGGAUACCCCAAAGAAAAUUCUGUGUACAAGUAAAACAUAAAAUAACAAUACAAAACGUACAUACAUAAAACCCUAAUAGUUUAUAUUCUCCAUAUCACGUUCUUUGCGUAAAGUAAGCUGAUACCUAAGAGACCAGAUUAUGCAAACAUUUUGAUGUUGAAAAUCAAUAGAAAUAAACCUCAAAAAUAACCAAAUAUGAAAAACACAAAAUGAGUCAUUUUGUCCCAGGUCCAAUAUUUCAUAUUGAACACAAUUUUUUUUAACUACUUUAAAAAAAUAAAAUAAAAAAAAAGGAAAUGUCCUAUUUUCUCUAAAUUAUUCUUUUUAAUAAUAAUAAUUAUAAUUGUAGCAUUUCAUAUUACAUGUUUUUUUUAUUGUGAAAACAUUACAUUUAUUACAAAAAAUCCUAUUAUUUAUUUUAAAUGCAAAAAAUUACAAACUUUCAGAAUUCCAAUUUUUUUAAUUAAAACAAAAAUUACAGAUACUUUUUUUUUACAAGAAUUUUGAUUUGUUUGAUAAAUUAUAUAGUCAUAGCUUUAAACAAACUAGAAAUCCACAAGUAUCAGGCAUAUACACGGACAUAAUUCUGCAUAUCUAUUAAAAACUGUUGAACUAUUAAAAAAAUUAUAAUAAUAAUCUUAAGCGUUAAAGGCUGCCGGCUUCAAUUAUUGCCCAUUUACCAAAUAAUUGUCCGCCUUCAAAUUAUGGUGUAAAACAUGUAAAUUAUAAAUGUUAAACAACCUUCUUUCUUUGAAGGUCAGAACAUCAGAAAUUGAAUUAUAGAUGUGAUUUUUUUUUAUUUUUUUUUUAUUAAAAACCCCCCCCCAAAAUAUAGAGAUUUACACACAGAGUUUAAUAUAACUAUGGUAUGAGUGCCUUGCUUGAACCAAAUAAAUAAUUCCUUCUAUUUUGCAUACUUCAUUAGGAUAUUUGACAUUAAAUUCGUUCCCGUUUCUCCAAAGCAACAAAAAGCAAUAGAAGCAAAAAACAAACCAAAAAUAAAUGUAAUAAUACCAAAGUUUCUUCUACCCCAGAAUACCCCAGUCUUGUCAAUGUCUACUACUGUGUAUAGAUUGUUUUACUUGAUAUUUUUUACGGUUUCAAAGCUUUAAAAAGAAAACAGGCAGCGAUGUGACGCAGGUAGGCCGCACAAAUUCCUUACCGAAUUUUCUCAGAUAUACCUCAUAGAUAAUAGUGUUUAGAGUAAUGUUAUUAUAGCGUAUGUAAUAAAUGGAUCGCUGUUUCUUUUAGUAAAUGUGAUUUCAAGAAAAAAAAGCUUUAUACGUUCUAGGUUGUGCUUUUGUAAUAGUUGAGAAGGUGCGCUUAAUAAUGAAACAAUGUAUGUUGUUUGUUUUUUGUUUUUUUUUAUUAUUUAUUUAUUUGAAAAUGGGAAGAGUUGCAGAAAUAGAGCCCAAAUGGGUUUACAGUUUUUCAUAUUUUGCUGAAGAAACAAUCUGUAUUAACCCCUUCAUGGCUAGUCAUGUGAGCUUGUAUUGCUGAGCAAUGCGUUCCAGGCUACAGAGGGUUAAUUUUCUUACUAUUCUAUUUUUUUUUUUUUAGUUUCAAAAAAUGCAAAUAAUAUUUUCAACAUUUGUUCUACUUUGUUUUCAGCUUGUUGUGUAUCGCUGUGUUGGAUAAAUAUUUCUAGCCAAGAGCUACCAAUACAUUUUUUUUUUUUUAUUAGGCAAAGCUAGUAUUUAUAAUAAUUCAUCAAAAGGACACAUCAUAAGAUUAUUUUUGUUUAUGUACAAUGUGAUCCCAAAUAUAAUAGUUUCCAUAAGUGAAUCAUAAUUUUCCCAUUCCCCCCCUAAAAAAAGUAAUCUAGUAUAUACAUAUAUAUAUAUAUAUAUAUAUAUAUGAAGUUGCAUCACGAUUUAUAUACGUUAACCCCAUUAACCAAUUAAUUGUACAUGCCCAUUCAGCAUAUUAUUGAAUUAAAGUGGUUGUUCAAGUUUAAAUAUGGCUGCUUUUUAUUUUUUCCAGAAACAGUGAUGAACCUGUCCAUGGGUUGUGUCUGGUAUGGCAGCUCAGUUCCAUUGAAGUGAAUAGAGCUGAUCUGCAAUACCAAACACCACCUGUGGAUGGGUGUAACGCUGUUAAUAAAAAAAAAUUACAAAAAAAAAUAAAACUGCCAUGUUUUUCUAAUCCUGGACAAAUCCUGUUUACAGUCAAUAUUAGCCAAAGAUGUUUGUGAGCAAUUAUUAUUUCACUUUAUCGUGGAGCAUAAAACCACUUAGGUCUCUACAUUCCAUUAAUUUAAUUCAGUAUAUUUCUUUAUAUCGAUUACAUUGACAGUGUUCAUAAAAGUGACUGUUCACCAGGAAUCAUGUUGGCUUUGUUUAAUAGAUCCGAAAGUUUGUAUUGAUCAUUUCCAAAUGACUGCAAACACUAAAACCUGCUUGAGUUGUUAGAGAUCUAGAAUCCUUUCUGUAUUUCAGUCAUCUUAAAAAAAAAAAAAAAACUAUUAGUUGUUUGCCAUGAGAAAAAUAUAUUUUAUUAGCCGGUGGAAAUACUGUAAUGGUUACAUUGGUUUGUGUUAUAAUAUUCAAUUAUUUACCUAAAUUACCCAAUAUUCUAAUCUAAUUCCCCAUAUUCCAGAUUACAAUUAUUGUAUUUUUUGUUUGUACAAUGUAUUUGUAUUGGAAUAAAUCAGAAGAAAAUGUUAGACCUUAAAUUAAAAGGUGUUAAAGGGGUACUCCACUGCCCCAGCGAACAUUUUGUUCUGAACGCUGGGUGUGGGCUGGGGGUUGUGUUCCGAACACUGGAGCAGUGAAGUACCCGCUUAAAAGGGGGUUCCCCACUUAAGAUUUUUUUAAAUUAUUAGGGUCCUUUUGACAAUAAGCUGAUCACAAAGUCUUCACCUACUGGGAAGCGUAGCAUUCCAUUGUAAUCUGUGGAGAGCCAUUUUAAAAUUACCUUGCAGCGCAACCACAGGGGAAGUUAAGCAUUACACAGUGCCCAUUUACUUCAAUGUUUCCUCUUUGUAAGGCUUCAUUCACACCAUGUUUGGGGCAUAUGGCAGCCGGUUCUUUGCUGGACUGAAAACCUCGGUCUGUUGUGCUUUUAGUCUGGCAAAAAAUAAAUAAAUAAAUAAAUACAGUAUGAAAAUGACCAGACCAAAGUCACUAAAUGACUCUGUCCUACUCAUUGAAUUGAAGGGCUACGGCAGGGAUAUGACAGCAACUGGUUUUUAAAUUCUACCUUCGCAUCUGGCUGUCGUAUACCCCAAUUGUGGUGUGAAUGCAGGACAGGAAAAGUCCUCCAAGGCAAGAGAUGUUCUUUAUAACUGAUCUCAAUUUUGGUCAAGAGAAUCCUGAACUGUGGGCUUUCCUCUUUUAACUCAAAAUUCUCUGAUAGGGUCGAGGAAAAUAGGUUUUCUAAACCAGAGAAUCCCUUUAACAGAGAGGCAAAGUAUAUUUUAUAAUGUCCACUUACUGUAAUGUGUCUAAACUCCAAAAAUUGUGCUUAAGUCCCAUGACCACAAUAAAUAUCUCAAGACUGUCAUGCAUAAACAAGUACUCGUACUAUAUGUAACCAAAAUCAAGGAAAUGGCCGCUUACAUAAUCUCCUCGCACGGCUGUGUGCUCCAACGAAAUGGACGCCAGAAGAGA